GGCAAAGGCGGAAAGAAUCGGAGAAGGGGAAAGGGUGACGGUGAAGAGAGUAAGCGUGAACUUGAAUUUAAGGAAGAUGGCCAGGAAUACGCGCAGGUGGUAAAGAUGCUGGGAAACGGUCGGUGUGAAUGCUUUUGCUUUGAUGGUGUGACACGUUUGGGACACAUUCGUGGUAAAAUGCGCAAAAAGGUCUGGAUCACGGCAGGUGACAUUGUACUUGUGGCAAAGCGUGACUUUCAGGACGAGAAGGUGGAUAUCGUCCACAAGUAUUCUGCAGACGAAGCACGUAAUCUGAAACAAUAUGGAGAAUUGCCCGAAACAGCACGUAUCAAUGAAACCGCAGUCGAUAUGGCCAUGGCCGGAGAUGAGAACGAUGAUGAUAUUGGUAUUGAUUUUGAUGAUAUUUAG